UGUACAAUUUUAGAUUACAUGAAACUUAAAAUUAACAACCAAUUUAUAAAUAUCAACCAAUCAUCACAAAGUUCCUACUGCAUAGAAAACAAAUUGGAUGAUUUACGAUUCCUGACUAAACAUAGUAUCUAAUUAAUACAACGUUGAAGAUGAUUAGAUAUUUAAUGAUUAGAGGUAAAACCAUAACUAGUUAUAGACAUGGAACAUCUAUUAAUGUAAGCAGUAGUAGUAAACAACAUGGAGUAGAACCUAAAACAAAUUUAAUAGAGCUUUUUAUUGAUGAAAAAGCAAUUCAAGUUCCUCCAGGAACAACAAUAUUAAAGGCUGCAUCUCUAGCUGGCAUUGAAAUACCCCGAUUUUGUUAUCAUGAAAGACUUGCAGUGGCUGGUAAUUGUAGAAUGUGUCUUGUGGAAAUUGAAAAACAAGUCAAGCCCGUUGCAGCUUGUGCUAUGCCAGUUAUGAAAGGUUGGAGAGUUAAAACUAAUUCUAACUUAACUCAAAAAGCUAGAGAAGGGGUGAUGGAAUUUUUAUUAGUAAAUCAUCCUUUAGAUUGCCCGAUUUGUGAUCAAGGGGGAGAAUGUGAUUUGCAAGAUCAAAGUAUGGCAUUUGGUAAUGAUAGAAGUCGAUUCGUAGAUAUUGAUUACAGCGGAAAAAGAGCUGUAGAAGAUAAAGAUAUUGGACCUCUUAUUAAAACUGCAAUGACUAGAUGUAUACAUUGUACUAGAUGUAUUCGUUUUGCAUCUGAAAUAGCUGGCAUUGAUGAUUUUGGUACUACUGGCCGCGGUAAUGAAAUGCAGGUAGGAAUGUACGUGAAAAAAUUAUUUAUGUCAGAAGUUUCUGGAAAUAUAAUUGAUUUGUGUCCUGUUGGAGCCCUAACAAGUAAACCAUAUGCCUUUGUUGCUCGUCCAUGGGAAAAUUAUCGGACGGACAGCAUUGAUGUUCAUGAUGCCGUUGGUAGUAAUAUUGUUAUAUCACAUAGAACAGGUGAAGUAUUGAGAAUUCUUCCAAGGGUUAAUGAGGAAAUAAAUGAAGAAUGGAUUUCAGAUAAAGCCCGUUUCUCGUACGACGGGCUGAAAAGACAAAGAAUUAUAACCCCUAUGAUAAAAUUAAAUGGCGAACUGCAAAAUGUUGAUUGGAAAUCUGCCCUAGUAUCUGUUGCAAAUAUUUUACAAGAUCUCUCAACUAAUAAAUGUGCAGCUAUUGCUGGUAAGCAAGCUGAUGCAGAAAGUUUAGUUAUGAUGAAAGAUUUAUUGAAUAAGUUUGACAGUGAACUUUUAACAACAGAGCAACCUUUCCCACAAAAAGGUGCUGGAGUUGAUUUGAGAAGUAAUUAUCUUUUGAAUAAUAAAAUUUCCAGCAUUGACGAAGCAGAUGUUGUAUUACUAAUUGGUACUAACCCCAGAUAUGAAGCACCUAUAGUUAAUAUACGCAUUAGAAAAGGAUACUUACAUCAUGAACAAAAGAUUGGUUUUAUUGGUCCUCCAGUUAAUCUAACGUAUGAAUAUAAGUAUUUGGGCCAAUCAGUUGAAUUAAUAUCACAAUUAAAAUUAGGUACAAAUUCAUUCAGAGCAAUAUUAAAUAAUGCAAAAAAACCUAUGGUUAUACUUGGAUCAGAGCAGCUAUCCCGACCAGAUGGUGCCAAAAUUCUUGCUGAAGUUCAAUCUUUAUGUAAAGCAAUAAAUAAUUCAACAAAGGUACCAAAAUAUUGGAAAAUUAUGAAUAUUCUUCAUACGAAUGCAUCUCAAGUUACGGCUUUAGAUCUUGGUUAUUCUUCUUCAUUGGAUGAUUUAAAAAAAAAUAAACCUAAAAUUCUUUUUCUUCUUGGCGCUGAUGAUCCUUGCAUUAAAAAAGAAGAUUUCAGUAAAACAUUUAUUGUUUAUAUGGGAAGUCAUGGAGACUAUGGAGCUUCAAUAGCUGAUGUAAUCUUACCUGGUGCAGCUUAUACGGAAAAAUGUGGAAGUUUUGUUAACAUGGAAGGUAGAUCUCAACAAACAAAUGCAGCUAUUACUCCACCUGGAAUGGCUAGACCAGACUGGAAAAUUAUAAGAGCACUUUCUGAGAUUGCUGGUAUUUCAUUACCGUAUGAUAAUUUGAAUGAAGUAAGAAAUAGAAUUGCAGAAAUAGCACCGCAUUUAUUAAAAUAUGGAGAUAUUGAACCAACAAAUUAUUUCUCUCAACUUUUUGAAAUAUCAGAAACAAUUCACGGCACAUUCUCCGAUAAUCCCAUUGAUAUAAAACAGAAAACUUUGGAUCAGUAUUUUAUGACUGAUGCUAUAUCUAGAGCUUCAGUAAUAAUGGCUAAAUGUGUACAGGCUGUGGUAAAGCAACAUUAAUAAAUAUAAGGAUUAAAAAUAUUGAUAUAUUUAUGUAAAUAGAAAAAAUUAAAUUA